CUUCUUCAUUGCUUAAGUUUUAUUUAUCUUUGGUUCUUUUUUUUUCUUUGGUAAAGGCAAGAUACCACUUGUCUGGUCUGCUCGCUUUCACACCCACUUUCGUGUCUUCUUCUUCUUACUUUUUUUCCUCAAACUGCAAAGCGUUAUCCCUCACCAUCAUCGUCACGUUGGAAAUCGUCUAAAGCCAUGGAUUAGCUUUUAAUAGAGCAAGCGAUCGUGGACUUAGUCUUUCACCGUUAUAGAGAGUUCUGGUUCCUAACUAGCAAUCAUGGCAGGCAAACCACAAACUUUUGUGAGCGUGGAUGAUCUGGACUUUAAGCUACCAUCAUCAUCAUCUCUAACCCGCCAACACAACUACUCCUCAAGUAUCAGUGGACCACUUCACCCCAUUCAAGGAAGCCACAACGCAUCUGGAUCCUUCAAGAAACGUUUCCAAAAAGGUUCCAAGGGGCUCAAAUCCAUAGGUCGUUCGCUUGGUUUCGGUGUUUACAGAGCUGUCUUCCCUGAAGACCUCAAAGUAUCUGAGAAGAAGAUAUUUGAUCCUCAGGACAAAACCCUCUUGUUCUGCAAUAAGCUGUUUGUUGUCUCGUGUAUUCUCUCGGUGUUCGUGGACCCUUUCUUCUUCUACCUUCCUGUGAUCAAUGGUGAGUCCAAGUGCCUCGGUAUUGACCGGAAGCUGGCUAUCACGGCGACUACGUUUAGGACUUUCAUCGACGUGUUUUAUCUCGCUCACAUGGCUCUCCAGCUCAGGACUGCUUAUAUUGCACCCUCGUCUAGGGUCUUUGGGAGAGGUGAGCUUGUGAUAGAUCCUGCGCAGAUAGCAAAGAGAUAUUUGCAGCGGUGGUUUAUCAUUGAUUUCCUCUCUGUACUUCCUGUCCCUCAGAUUGUAGUGUGGAGGUUCUUGCAAAGGUCAAGGGGAUCAGAUGUAUUGGCUACAAAGCAGGCCUUGCUUUUCAUUGUUUUGGUUCAGUAUAUACCGCGGUUUCUUCGUGUCUUGCCCUUGACAUCUGAACUGAAAAGGACAGCAGGUGUCUUUGCAGAAACUGCUUGGGCUGGUGCUGCUUAUUAUCUGAUGUUAUAUAUGCUUGCAAGUCAUAUAGUUGGAGCGUUUUGGUACCUUUUAGCGUUAGAACGCAAUGACGCAUGUUGGCAGGAGGCUUGUAGUGACGCAGGGAAGAAAAUUUGCACAACAGGUUUCUUGUACUGUGGGAAUCAAAACAUGGACGGCUAUGAUGUUUGGAACAAGACCAAAGAAUCUGUUCUUCAGUCCAAGUGCCGCGCUGAGUUAGAUGAUCCUAAUCCUCCAUUUGACUUUGGGAUUUAUACACAGGCUUUAUCCUCUGGCAUUGUCUCUUCUCAAAAGUUUAUCACAAAGUAUUGUUAUUGCUUGUGGUGGGGCCUUCAGAACUUGAGUACACUUGGACAAGGGCUUGAAACCAGUACAUACCCAUUGGAGAUUAUGUUCUCCAUCACUCUGGCCAUCUCCGGGUUGAUUCUCUUUGCUCUCCUCAUCGGAAACAUGCAGACAUACCUCCAAUCUCUUACCAUCCGGCUGGAAGAAAUGAGAGUGAAGAGGCGUGAUUCAGAGCAAUGGAUGCAUCACAGGAUGUUACCACAAGAUCUUAGGCAGCGUGUGAGACGCUAUGACCAGUAUAAAUGGCUGGAGACACGUGGCGUAGAUGAAGAGUAUCUCGUUCAGAAUCUCCCCAAGGAUCUCCGGAGAGACAUCAAGCGCCAUCUUUGUCUGGCUUUAGUGCGCAGGGUUCCAUUGUUUGAGAGCAUGGACGAGAAGCUGCUGGAUGCGAUCUGCAUGCGGCUGAAGCCAUGUUUGUUCACAGAGAGCACCUACUUAGUCCGAGAAGGAGACCCUGUAGACGAGAUGCUAUUCAUCAUACGUGGCCGCCUCGAGAGUGUGACAACAGAUGGAGGCAGGAGCGGUUUCUUCAACUACAGUCUCCUCAAAGAAGGAGAGUUCUGCGGUGAAGAGCUUCUGACAUGGGCGUUGGAUCCAAAAUCAGGUGUGAACCUCCCGUCCUCCACAAGAACCGUGAAAGCUCUGACAGAAGUAGAGGCCUUUGCGCUGGCCUCAGAGGAGCUGAAGUUUGUAGCAAGCCAGUUCAGGCGUCUGCAUAGCAGGCAAGUGCAGCACACGUUCAGGUUUUACUCUCACCAAUGGAGGACUUGGGCUGCUUGCUUUAUCCAAGCUGCGUGGCGGAGAUACUGCAAGAGGAAGAAGAUGGAAGAGGCAGAGGCAGAGGCCGUGCCCAUGUCAACCACUGGAAGUUCAUCCUCCAUGGGGGCUGCGUUUCUUGUCACGAAGUUUGCGGCUAGUGCGCUGCGCACCAUACACAGGAACAGGAACACACGGAUUAGGGAAUUGGUAAAGCUGCAGAAGCCUCCUGAGCCUGAUUUCACUGCGGAAGAUGCUGAUUAAUUGAGCAGCUUAUAGACCUGCUUGUUUAUAAUUAUAGGUAGAGAUGUUCUGUAAAAUGUUUGCGUGUGGAAAACAGAACUAGAAACCAAGCCGCCGGCAUAGCCAUUGGAUGGAAUAAGUGGAGAGGCUAAAAAUCUCACUUCGAUUAUAUAACUGAAGAUAACAAAUUCUGAACCACUGAGAUCAUAUUUUUUCCCGAGUCA